AUGCCUUACUCCUCAAUGUUCACCCACAGCGUCCCGGUCAACGAAUCGGCGGUCGAGGGGUUCGACCGUCUCGUCCAAUACCACAUUGUCAACUCGUCACUUGGAGCCGUUUGUAUGACUAUCAAUUUUGCACUGCUUGGCGUAUUUCUUGGAUAUCCGCCAUUUAGACGGAAAUAUCAGUUAUUGAUACUCCUUGCCGUGGGUGACACGAUAAACGGCCUUGCCAUCAUCCUCACCGGCCUGAAUCGUGUAUAUUUGUACGCGACAGCCCUCGAAACGUAUACACUGCCCGUGCGAACUCCUUGGGAAUGUGCGGUUGAGACGUGGUUGAUCAUGAAGCUGAUAGGGGACCUCCUCCUUCCGAUCACCACCCUGUGCAUGGGUGUCGAACGGCUGCUGGCUAUUUUGUGCCCCAUUUUCUACCAUCAACACCUGGACGGCCGGCCUCUCAAG